AUGACCAGUCUUCCAAAAAUCGAUACCGGAUCCCCCGAGGACAAACAGUCCGCAUCCAAAACGCAAUCCAGCGAAGAAGAAUGCCGUCAAGAAUCCUCCAAAGCCGCGCAAAAAGCUAUCGAGUUGGAGAAGCAAGCCAAAGAGCUCACGCAAGCAGCUGCUGGGGCCGGCGACUCUGACGAGCGACAAAAAUUGCUGAACGAGGCUCUCAGCAAAAGCAUCGAAGCGCAAUCGUUCGGCAAAGUCGCAAAAUACCUUGGCUCGGGCGCGUUUCAAGGGUUGUUGGCAGGAGGCGGGGUGGGCACUGGUGCUGGCGCGGGACUGGGAGCGUUGACGGGUACGCUGGUUGGUGGUGUGUCAUCUCUUGCUCUUGGAGGGUUACUCGGUGGCAUAGGUUCUGCCAUUGGUGCGCUGCAUGGACCAUGGUUCAAGCCGGAAGAAAUCAUCAAGGGAGGCAUUGAGAAGUUGUCGGGCUUGUUACCGGGUUGGAAAGCAACAGACGACCAGAAGCAAAACCUUGAAAAGAUGAUCAACCAGGUCAACGAACAAAAGACGCCUUCCUCAAAGGACCUGGAAGCCAUGGCAAGCGGCGGACAAUGA